AAAACAUGGCGGCGUCCAUGAGCACCUUCUCCUCUCAUACUCCGGCUGUUUCCAGUCAAUAAACUUCUCCACCCAAGACUCAUUUCGCUGGAGUCAUACUGUAUAAAUAUCAGUGUUGCAGGGUGUGUGAUCUCCUGGGCUCAUGUCCAGGCUGGCGGUGGUCUGCGGGGGCUCCAGGGGCAUUGGACGGGCCGUGUCCCGUCUGCUGGCGGAGAGGGGCUGCAGGCUGGUGGUGGUCUCCAGGAAUGAAGACGCCACCCAGGCCACUGUGGCGUCUUUACACGGAGCUGAACAUGUUGCUUUCAGCUGUGACGUCUCCAAAGAGCAGGAGGUUCAGAAAACCUUUAACACAAUCCAGAAAACCUGUGGAAACAUCUCUUAUCUUGUGAAUGCAGCUGGAAUCAACAGGGAUGCUUUGUUACUGAGGUCUAAACCAGAGGACAUGGUUUCUCAGCUUCACACCAACCUGCUGGGCACCAUGCUGACCUGCAGGGCGGCACUGCGGAGCAUGCUACACACCAAGGGGGCAGCUAUUGUUAACAUCGGUUCUGUUGUGGGCCUUAAAGGCAACGCUGGCCAGUGUGUCUACAGCGCCAGUAAAGCUGGUUUAGAGGGCUUCACACGCUCCUUGGCUAAAGAGGUUGCUUCACGCCAAAUCAGGGUCAACCUUCUAGUUCCAGGUUUCAUCCACACUGACAUGACCACAGGGCUGGAGGAGCAGGACAAGCUGCGUUCUAUCCCACUGGGGAGAUUUGGAGAACCAGAGGAAGUGGCCCAUGCCGUCCUCUUCCUUUUGGAGUCUCCCUACAUUACAGGACAGGUUUUAGUGGUGGACGGAGGGCUGCAGCUGGCCAUGUAGAGAGUGGAAAUACACAGUGGCCUUAACAGUCAGCUGAUCUCAACCCAUGGGAGAUUUUAGACCCAGAAUCCUCUUCCAUCUUCAUCAUCAAAACAACAAAUGAGGGAAUAUGUUUCAGAAGAAUGGUAUGAAUCACACCAGUAAAUGUCACAGACACAGUGGUCAACAAUGACACUUAAAGCAGGUUUUCCUUGUAGUUUGUCAACUGUCUGUCUAUACAUUUUAUAUCUACAUGUUUAUCUAGAGAGAUUCAGAUUUCAUUUGGUGUAAAUAAAUAAAGAAUAAAGUAAAUAAUAUUUGAGUCAUUUUAAUGCUGUAACUACAAAAUUCACGUUGAAGUACCAAGACCUGAUGUUUCUUAGACUUUUUACAUGGGAAUGUGUCUGUUUAAUAUUACAUCAAGUUUUAGGCAUUGCUACGUUUCGUGUAAAAACACCAUAUUGUGUAACAUCUUCACAAAUUGUAAGACAUUUGUAAUUUGCAGCAUAUUGUAAAUACCUGCUGCAUUUUGUAAAACAUUGCUUAACAGUUUGUAAAAAUAUUGCUAUAAAUUCUUUCAUUUUGAUUACAUUUAAAGUCUUACUUUUUUAUGAUGAAACUGUAAUAAUGCAGUGCUCUAUGUAAUAACCGGCUUCAGUGGAUGUUUUAAUCUGUGCAUGUUAGCUUACUGUAAACAAGUACAUUAAACUAUAUCAGCUUUUUUUUUAUCAUAUUUAAUGUCCAAUGUAACCUAAAUUCAUGUCAAAAGCUGACCUGAAAAACCCUGUUCACUCUUCCAAUAAGACCUCUUUGCGACAAAAGGUGAUGAAAUGUACUAAAUAAUGCAUCCGGGCUGUUAAUUGUUCCAAAAUGUGGGUGUCAUUACAUAAUGAACUGAAAAUGUUUAACAUUAGGUUGACUUCUGACAUAACCCACUAAGGAAUGUUUCUUAAACAAGAUGAAUGCGAUAUCACAAUGCACAUGUUCUAAAAAUGCAUGUGCUUACUGACAGUGGACCCUCGGCUGCACAUCUGCCAGAGAAUCACUGCUUUUCUGCUGAGUCACUCCGUCCACUCACAGUGGGCGUGGCCUGAUGUGAGUGACAGCGGGUCGUGAUGACUAACACUUCUGACUCCAGAGUGUCUGGCCCAGUCCAGACCUCCGUGCCCCACGGUCCCAAAUCUGAUCAGUAGAUUUAACGCUGUUGUUUUUUUCCAUGACUGUAAAGCGCUCACCACUGAUCACCGGCCUCAUGUUUUGUUCCCCACCACGUCCCCAUGGGAGACCCCCUCACAGCCUGCACAUGUGGCCCCAUCCACCAGCGGCCUCCUGAGUCCGCCUCUGGAGGGGCCAGGCACGCGGGGCUGCAGCUGGAGGAAAUUAAAGGUAGCAGUGGGGAUGGGGUGGGGGGUAUUUUUAGCUCAGGGAAUGUUUUGAGUGUCUGGUUACGUCUCUGGUCCUGUAGUGUGGAUUGAUGAGGUCUGAGGCGACUGAUUAGAUUUUAAAAAAACCUGCCUUCACUUCCCUCUUGAAACACACUAUUCUCACCCAUAAACAUAAUCAAAGUAAGUUUUAAUCUAAAUUGUGUUGUUUUUUUAAUUCAUCAUCGUUCUUGUUAAAAUUCUGAGUAAAGAAUGAGAUUUCCACU